UUGAUAAGGAACAGUCAGCCGUCCAUCCUCCCGGCGAGCACUCGCCGCUCGCCGCUGCGUCGCCUGCUACGUAAUUCAUUGUUUUGGUGAGUCGGCUGAGCGCUGGCGACUCGGUGGUUAGUGUUCUGUGUAGUGUUUAGUACAAGUCGAUUAGUGCGGGCGGGCGGUAGUGUCGCAUGUUAUUAAAAUGAAUAUUAUUUCGUUAGUAGUAUGGACGUUAGAGAAAAACUGUUUCACUGUGUACACUGCACUAAUCGUGUGUUUCGUUGGAUUCACCAUAUUCCAUAAGAACAAGUUGGAGGCGCAUUACAGGAGUGCCGAGAAAAAGGAAAAAUUGGCGCGAACUGCUGCCGUGAGAAAAGAGCGUGAUUUCCGCGACGACAGCGAUGAAGACCCCGAGCUGCUGGUGCCGGCCAUCCCUGAGGAUACGCCCCACAUCGUGUACCAGCCGCCGCGCAGGACUGACGACGAGGUGCUGCGCCGCUCCAGGGAAUACUACGAGUUGAUGGCGCAGAGAAGGACUGUCAGGACGUUCAGUGCGGAGCCCAUCCCGCAGGACGUCUUGGACAACCUUAUUAAGACUGCUGGGACUUCGCCUUCCGGAGCACACACGGAACCCUGGACGUUUGUAGUGGUGCAAGAUCCAAAGACGAAAGAGGCCAUUAGGAAUAUAGUAGAAGAGGAAGAGGAACUCAACUACUCUAAAAGAAUGUCCAGACAGUGGGUGACGGAUUUGAAGCCAUUCUCCACGAAGCCAGUGAAACCAUACUUAACAGACGCCCCGGCCCUCGUACUGGUGUUCAGGCAGGCCUACUCCUGGAGACCAGACGGGAAGAAGAGGAUGCAUUAUUAUAGUGAAAUAAGUACUGCUAUUGCAGCGGGAUUUUUGCUGGCCGCGAUUCAGUACUCGGGCCUGGUGGCGCUGACGUCAACGCCGCUGAACUGCAACGCUCGGCUGCGGGCGCUGUUGUCCCGGCCCGCGAACGAGCGGCUGGAGCUGCUGCUGCCGGUGGGGCGGCCGCACAGGGACGCCACCGUGCCCGACCUCGGCAGGAAACCUCUGCAAGAAAUCCUGCUCAAGAUCUGAUCUGAUAUUAUGUGAUAUUUGUUAUUUAAUUUUAAUAGAGCCUUUUUUGGAAUACUUA